AUGGAAGUUUGCGGAGCAACCAGUAUAACUGGUCAAGGCUUCGUAGACGCUGCCUACUUCCGUGAUGCAUAUUUAUGUGAACAACUGACUGAUGUAAAACAACAUCUUCCAACUUGUGAUUACCCAUAUCCAGUUACACAACACCAGCAUUUAUAUGAAAAUGUUUCGACAUUUUCAUUUCCACAGAUCACUACUACUGCUACUACUACUACUACUAUAAACUCAUCUAGUACUAUUUCACAGAAUUUCACCCCGAAUAAUUUAGCCCAUGACAGUCAACGAAACCGUCAGCAUCGUUUACAACCUACACUACAAACAAUGUCAUCAACUUUUGAACAUUUCUAUCCGAAAGAAAUGUCAACAGAUCAAAUGUACACCCAACGACAAUAUCAUCAUCACCAUCAUCAUCAUCUUCAAUCACAACAACAGCAACAGCAAAGUCUUUCACAACAUUUUCUUCAUCCUAAUAAUCAUUAUAAUAAAAAUGUAAACGAAGAUUACAAAAUGAAUGAAUUUAAAUUUAUCAAUGAAACAGUUGCCAUGACUACAUCCUCCAUUAAUACUCCAGCAGUUAUCGCUACACUAGCUAGUACUACCACAACAACAACAACAACUCCUGCUACUACUAUUCCGUAUACAAUGAAACAAACUACUGUCCAUUCUAUACCAACUUCCAAUGAGAAACAAGAUUAUACAUUGAAUAAUUUGAAUUUAUGUAAAACUUUAUUAUUGAAUUCAACAGAGACAAAUCUAUCUCAAUGGGAUGUGAAUGAUCCGAAAUUACCAAAAAUUCGUCAAUUCGAUUCAUUUACAAUGUGGCCACAAGGACAUUGUCGUUAUGCUUAUAAAAAAUCACUAUCUGAAGGAGCUCGACGUCAUGCUAGCGGUUGGGCAAUGCGUAACACGAAUAAUCACAAUUCACAAAUAUUGAAAAAAUCCUGUCUUGGUGUAUUGUUAUGCACAUCGAAACAAUGUACACUAGCUAUGCGACCAGCUAUCUGUGAUAAGGCAAGACGACGUCAAGAAGGUCGACAAUGUUGUAUGCCAAAUUGUACUGGACGUAUUUACAUUCAAUCAUGUCAUGGUCAUGGCGGUUAUCCUGUGACACAUUUUUGGCGUGAACAUGGUGAUACUAUUUAUUUUCAAGCUAAAGGUACACAUGAUCAUAUACGACCUGAUUUAAAACCAGUUCGUGAUACAGCAGCUAGACGUCGUAAACAGCAGCAACAACAACAGCAACAUGCGGCGGGACAAGUGGACAGUGGCAGUGAACAACAUCGACAACGUCAACAAAAAAUGUCACGUUUACAUAACAUAAAGAAUGCUAAAUCCAAUUGUGUAACACAUGAAAAGAAAUCAACACUUAUGCGAGAUACAUUGAAUUUGCCUUAUACAACUGAAGUAAUCUUGCCAAAUACUACUACUAACAAUAGUAUUAUUACUCCGACUAUUGAUUAUGGUGUUGAUAUGAUGAUGAUGAAUAUGACAUCAUUUCAUCAUCCUGUUAAUAAUGAUCCAUGUUCUAAUCAAUUUUUACACAUGCAUUAUGAUAAAAGAACAAAUAUUGAACAUGUACCCAGUGAUGACACAAAACUUACUACUAAUAAUAGUGAUCAUGAAAAAAAUUUUCUUUCUAUUUUUAUCAAUUUAGAUUUAAGCAAACAAAUACCAAUCAUCGAUUCGUCUUCUACUUCUACUACUUCUUAUUGUGACAAUUCAAUAGCAAAUAAAGAACCAAUCUUUCCCGGUUCAAAUCCAUUUGAAAAUAGCAAUGAAUUUAAUUCACUUGAAACUGAUAACAUGCUAACAACAGAAAUGAUACAUACAAAUGAUUUAAUAAACAAUCCAGUAAUACCAUUGAAAACAACCAAUCAUUUGUUAGAAAUGACAAAAACCACAUUAACACAGAAUGCGACAAUCAAUAAAUUGAUGAGUGCUUAUACUAAUAAUACUUGCAGUCAGUCAUAUGAUCCGACUACACCGAUGACAAGUACCUAUGAUACUUGUGUAACAUCACCAGUAGAGAAAUUCCCUGCUGUCUAUACUCAACAAGAUUCCAGAGAAAUGCAUAACAAUAGUAAUAAUAAUAAUACUGAUAGUUAUUCUUCUUCUAAUUAUUAUUAUUAUUAUCAAAAUCAAAUGAAUUUAACACCGACUAAACUGUCUACAACAUCAUCCGCAUGUAAUACAUUUUAUCGAUAUCAUUUUAUGAAUCAAUUGUUGAUGAAUUCACAAUUCAAUCCUACAAAUACUACUUAUAAUACUACCAAUACUACUACUACUACUACUACUACUACUACUCAUAAUCAUAGUAAUAAUAGUAAUACAUGUGGUACAAAUAGUGAAUCGACAUCGACAACUUAUGGUUUAAAUGCAUCAUGGUCAACUCCGUCACCGCCAACCUUUGGUGGAGUUGGCGGUAAUUCCAGCUGUUUAUCGAACAAUGUGAAUACUACUAAUGAUACAGUAUACAAUGGUGUACUGAUCGAUAAUGUUCCAUUGCAUAAUCAAGUAGCGUUAGAUUCAUUGAAAGAGUUACAAUCAUCUUUGUUGUUGAAUAAUAAUAAUAAUAAUAAUAAUAAUAAUAAUAAUAAUAAUAAUAUUAAUAUACAAGAUGGAAAUCACGCAUGGAUUGAUCGUUGUGAUCCGAUGCCUGUUUUUACUACUAAAAAUAGAAAUAACAAUAAUAAUAAUAAUCAUAGUAAUAGUGAUAAUAAUGGUAGUAUAGAGACUUCUUCAACAUUUUAUGAUCCAAUUAAUCAUCAACAUCAACUUCAUCCUGAUGAUGAACAUUAUCCAACAUAUAUGCAUAAAUUGAAUUUGGCCGGUUAUCAUUUGACUGCAUCAAGUCAACAUUGUCAUAACAAUCAUAUCCAUGAUAAUUCCAAUGAUCAUUUAUCAUCAAUGCAUCAGACAGAUUUAACAUCAUCCAUAUUUAUGUCAUCUAGUACACCGGUAUCAACUAUGCCGUCGAAAACACUGCCCAGAUUAUAUACUUUAUCUGAUGAUGAUGAUGAUCAUGAUGAUCAUGAUCAGAAUCAGAAUCACAAUCAUCAUAAUUUUCAUACACCUACAAGUCGGUUGACACAAACAGCUGACACAAAUCAUAUGCAUCAAAAUCAUGUCGCAUUUAAUUAUGUCACUCCAAUACCAUUUUAUUUAAAUAGUAGUUCUGAGUCAAGAAGUACACGAACAGAUAGUUCCAGUGAUAGUAGUCAAUCGAAACAAAUGAUACUAUAA